AUACGUCAAAACUAAACAGCAUUUUUUGACGUUUCACAUUGGUUCAUAAAUAAUUUUUUUUAAAUAUGACUGAAAUAGUUUGAUUUGAAUAUAUGACAAAACAUGUUUACUUUUCAAUUAAAUCAAAGAAAAAAAUGGUUUAGACAUUAAUUUCACUUUUAUUUAUUAUUAUAUCUUAAAGAAAAAUUUAUUUCUGAUAUCGAAAGAAAUACAAUAGAAGCUAAUCAUGAAUAAUACAGUAAAUAAACAGAAAAAAUUUAGUUUCAAUUCAAGACAUUUUAGAAAUAAGAAAUCUGUUGAAUUCGAUAUGAAUUGUCUUGAGAGUACUCCAGAAAUAAUGCGUAUAGAGAUAGACCGCAUUUUUAAAGAAUUUGUGGACAAUCCCGACGAAAACGAAUAUGUAUUUUCAUCAGAUUUAAAUAAUUUACAAAGAAAAUAUAUUCAUUAUAAGGCACAAAAGAUGAAUAUCAUUUCAAAAUCAUAUGGUAAAGAACCGGACAGAAGACUCCAUAUAAAAAAAAAGAGCGAACAAUUAUCCAAUCAAUUUUUCAUGAUCACACCUAGUCAAACUUCUCAAAAGUUUCUACAUAGUUUUGUUGAUACUGCAAUGCCCAACCCUAGUGAUUUGCAGAGUACGCCAAGCUCAUACAGCGUAUAUAAGGGAACUGGACGAUUAUUAUAUAGUCAUGUGGCUGUACCAACUUUAGGUCAACCUUCAGAAGAAAUUUAUAAUACGAGAAAAGAUUUACCAAUUUACGAAAAUAAAGAGAUGAUUAUGGAAGCCAUUAAGAAUCAUCAGAUAAUUGUACUCGCUUCAGAAACAGGUUCUGGCAAAACCACUCAGAUACCUCAGUACAUCAUAGAUGAAGCAGCAGUAAUGAAGAAACCUUGCAAAGUUAUUUGUACACAACCUAGAAGAAUUUCAACAGUUGCUGCAGCAGAAAGGGUUGCAUUUGAAAGGGGUGAAGGAGUAGGAGCAACAGUUGGUUAUCAUAUUAAGCUUGAACAAAAGUAUGGCUUGAAUACGAAUGUUAUUUUUUGUACGACUGGAGUAUUUUUAAGACAUUUAAUGGGUGGUACCGAUUCAUUUAAGAAUAUCACCCAUAUUGUAAUAGAUGAGAUCCACGAAAGGGAUAAGCUGGCCGACUUUUUGUUAAUUUGUAUUAAACAGAAUAUUCACCAUUAUCCCGAAUUGAAAAUUAUCCUUAUGUCGGCAACUAUUAAUACCAAUAAAUUCGUCGAAUACUUUGGUAAUGUCAAAGUAUUAUCAAUACCUGGUCGAUUAUUCGAAAUAAAUACAUUAUUUUUGGAAGAUGUUCUUGCAAAUACCAAAUAUAUGUCCGACAGAAUGAUAAAAGCACAAAAGAACGAACAAGUAUUUCCAUUAUCCCAAAAUUGUGUGUACAAUGUGGAAACUGAUGUAGAGAAAAAAUCAGUGGCACACCCUCAUGUAGAUGACGCAUUGGAAGAAUAUUUGAAUUUUUCUGAUAAUUAUGACUAUAGAUUACAUUAUGAGGAAGCUACAGCUCAAUUAGGGAUGUAUUUUAUAUCUGAAGGCAUUUCUGUGGAUUAUCAACAUUCCGAAACUGGUCAAACAGCAUUGAUGAUUGCAGCUCACCUUGCCGAUAAGGAGUUUAUUAGCAGAUUGUGUAAUAUGGGUGCAAAUUUGGACGUACACUGCAAACUUCACAAAACUGUGUUUGACUAUGCUAACGGAAACCCUGAUAUAUUGAGAUUGCUGGAAUAUGUGAAGCAUAAAAGAAGUGCCGACAUCCAAGACGAAGACAACUCCAAAGAAGGGGAACGCCUAUUGGAAUUGUAUGAUAGAACUACACCAGAUGACAUGAUCGAUUACGCAUUGAUAGUUAAUCUGAUUCAAUUCAUACAUUAUAGCCGAUUAGAAGGUUCCAUCUUGGUGUUUCUACCUGGUUAUGAUGAAAUAAUGUUGUGCAAUGAUGGGAUCGUCAAUUCUGGUCUCGAUAGCCGCAGUUACAGAAUAUUCUUUUUACAUGGUUCUAUGAAUAUUAAAGAUCAGAAUGACGUUUUUAUGAAGUUGGGUAAUAAAAGAAAAAUCAUUUUAUCCACAAAUAUAGCCGAAACCAGUAUUACCAUUGAUGACGUUGUUUUUGUGAUAGAUGUCGGUAAAGCCAAAGAAAAAUGUUUUGAUGCUUACAAUAAAGUAUCAUCGUUGCAAACAAAAUGGAUUUCUCAGGCUUGUGCGAAUCAAAGAAAAGGAAGAGCUGGUCGUACCCGUCCUGGAAUGUGUUUUAGAUUGUAUUCUAAACAGAGAUAUGAUAAUAUGGAUGUUGAAAGAAUACCUGAGAUUCUAAGAGUUUCUUUGGAGGAACUAUGUCUUCAUGCCAAAAUUCUUGCCCCGGACGAUAUGAACAUCAACAAUUUCCUUUCUUUGGCCCCCGAUGCACCUUCGGCCAAUUCUAUAAAAGUUGCUAUUGAAAAUUUGCAAUUUUUGGGCGCUUUAGAUAAAGAAGAAGAUUUGACCAGGUUGGGCGCUUAUUUGUCACAACUCACUAUCGAACCGCAGCUGGGUAAAAUGCUUAUAUACGGCAUCAUAUUUAGAUGUUUGGAACCUAUCCUCACUUUAGUAGCAACUUUAAGUCACAAGGAUCCGUUCCAGUUGCCUCCUCAAGCAAAUUUAAAAAGUGUGGCAGCUUCUAAAAGAAAAAAUUUAAUCAACGGUGUUUUGAGCGAUCAUGUUUUAUAUUUACAAGUAUUUAAAAAAUGGCAGGAAAUGUCGACUUCCGGAAACGUAACGCGAUUUUGUGAAGAAUACUUCGUAAGUAAUUCAACGAUGAAUCUAAUUUUGGAAACUAGAAGUCAAUUACUAGGUCAACUUAGAGCCAUUAAGUUCAUACCGCAGAACAGUAACAUGGAUGAAUUUAACAAACACGCCAAUUGUUGGCCUAUGGUUAAAGCUAUUAUUUGUACUGGGUCGUAUCCAAAUCUCGCUUAUCCUUGUCAAAACAAUUUGGCAACUAGGAGGGAGAAAAAAGUGAAUAUUCACUUGAGCAGUGCGUGCGCUAAUCAACAAAUCACAACCUGGUUGGUUUACGAUGAAAUGGUUAAACAUCGUAAUGGUCUUCUCAUACGAGGUGUUUCUGCUGUAACUACCUUAACAAUCGGUUUAGUUUGCGGCAUUGACGUCGUAGCUCCUUCCAUGAACGUUCUAAACAUCGACGAUUGGGUCGAUUUCGAAUACCCUGAUCAUAGCGUUAUAUAUUUAAGAAACGCUCUCGAUCUUAUCGUCAACAAAGUAAUGUCAACACCUUGGUACGUCUACAGCAGUUUCGAUCAAUUAGCCAUAAAAACGUUGAGAAACGUUUUGGAAUCGGAAGAAACUUACGCGCAAUUGAGAAUGCCCGAUAAUGUCGGUGACAGACCGAAAUUCUUUUUACCGCAAAAAUGUAUUCAACGACGUUCUUGGCGCGACAAUGAACCAAACAGGAAUCCAAUUCGUAAUCAAACGGGACACUGUUCGAGCAGCUAUCAAAGUUUUCACUGCAACCAAAACGCUCCGAGGGGCAACCAGAACCAAUACAGGAGCGAGUACGGAUCGUAUGCCGGUACUACGAGAAGAAUUCCCUCCGAGGUAGGUAGUUCCUAUUGGAUUAAUCGAAAUAAAAUAGAUUGGAGGACAAAAAAGAAAUAGUUUGUAAAUUAUUACAUUCUUAGUUUUAAUGUCUUAUACCUUUUUUGGUAUUGAUAGUUCUUAAGAAUAAUAAACGUGUUUUGUUAA